UCCAUUUCUCUCCCCCCCUUCCUCCUCCUCCUCCCCUUUCCCACUCCUGUUUCCUCUCUCUCUUUCCCCCCCUCCCGUUUCCAGUUCCGUGGAGCAUUUCCCGGGACCUGCCAGCAUGUCGGCAUUCAAAGGGGGGCUACUUUUGCUUUCUUUCCUGGUGCUGGUCCUGGGACAAGCCCUGGAUUUUAAAGAUUACAGCGAUGUGUUGGAAGAGGAAGAAGAGGAGACGGAGGCAAUUGAGUAUAAAGACCCCUGUAAAGCUGCUGCCUUUAUAGGAGAUAUCGCCUUGGAUGAAGAAGACCUGAAGAUGUUCCAGGUGGACAGAAUUGUGGACCUCACACGGCAUAAAAUUGAAAGAACUGCUACGAAUACUUCAGGGAAAGACGCAAACAGCACCAGCAUCAGACCUAGAAGGCAGCAGAGGAGACGAUGGAAACAGGGCUGGGGACGGCCUCGGAGUCGGCGGGCUGCCACUUCCCGCCCCGAGAGGGUGUGGCCAGAUGGCGUAAUUCCAUACGCGAUCAGCGGAAACUUCACUGGCAUUCAGCGAGCUAUUUUUCGGCAGGCCAUGCGCCAUUGGGAGAAGUAUACUUGCGUGACCUUCUUGGAACGAAGCGAUGAGGACAGCUACAUUGUGUUUACACACAGGCCAUGCGGGUGCUGUUCCUAUGUGGGGCGCAGAGGGGGAGGCCCCCAGGCCAUAUCUAUUGGGAAAAACUGUGACAAAUUUGGCAUUGUGGUGCAUGAGCUGGGCCACGUCAUUGGGUUUUGGCAUGAACACACACGCCCAGACCGGGAUGCCCAUGUCUCCAUCUUCCGGGAAAAUAUUCAGCCAGGGCAGGAGUACAACUUCCUGAAGAUGGAACCUGAAGAGGUGGAGUCCUUAGGCGAAACAUACGAUUUUGACAGCAUCAUGCACUACGCCAGAAACACCUUUUCCAAGGGGAUCUUCCUGGACACCAUUCUUCCCAAAUAUAAUGUGAAUGGGAUGCAGCCCUCGAUUGGACAGAGAACCCGGCUGAGUAAAGGAGAUAUUGCCCAGGCACGCAAACUGUAUAAAUGCCCUGCUUGUGGAGAAACACUGCAAGACAGUCAAGGGAAUUUCUCCUCACCUGACUUCCCCAAUGGAUAUUCUUCACACAAGCACUGUAUCUGGAGAAUAUCAGUCACUCCAGGGGAAAAGAUAAUUCUGAAUUUUACGUCCCUGGAUCUAUACCGCAGCCGGCUAUGUUGGUAUGACUACGUGGAGGUGAGAGAUGGAUUCUGGAGGAAAGCUCCCCUGCGAGGUAGAUUCUGUGGAAAUAAACUCCCAGACUCGAUUCUUUCCACCGACAGCCGCCUUUGGAUCGAAUUCCGCAGCAGCAGCAACUGGGUUGGCAAAGGCUUCUUUGCAGUCUAUGAAGCCAUCUGUGGAGGAGACAUGAAGAAAGACAAUGGGCACAUCCAGUCUCCCAACUACCCUGAUGACUAUCGACCCAAUAAGUUGUGUACUUGGAAGAUUACAGUUUCGGAAGGAUUCCAUGUCGGCCUCACUUUCCUGUCUUUUGAGAUCGAGCGCCACGACAGCUGUGCUUACGACUAUCUGGAGAUUCGGGAUGGCAGUUCAGAGUCAGACCCUGUGAUUGGAAGGUAUUGUGGUUAUGACAGGCCCGACGAUAUUAAGAGCACCUCCAACAAGCUGUGGAUGAGGUUUGUGUCCGAUGGGUCCAUCAACAAGGCUGGCUUUGCGAUCAACUACUUCAAAGAAGUGGAUGAGUGCUCACGACCAAACAACGGCGGAUGCGAGCAGCGUUGUGUGAAUACCCUGGGUAGCUACAAGUGUGCCUGUGAACCUGGCUAUGAGUUGGCUCCCGACAAACGCAAGUGUGAAGCUGCCUGCGGCGGAUUCCUCACCAAACUCAACGGCUCCAUCACAAGCCCUGGCUGGCCAAAGGAAUAUCCACCCAACAAGAACUGUAUCUGGCAGCUGGUGGCACCCACUCAGUAUCGUAUAUCCCUGCUGUUUGACUUCUUUGAGACAGAAGGCAAUGAUGUGUGCAAGUAUGACUUUGUAGAAGUGCGCAGCGGCCUCACUUCUGAAGCCAAGCUCCAUGGGAAGUUUUGUGGAGCUGAGAAACCCGAGGUAAUCACCUCCCAGUACAACAACAUGCGCAUUGAAUUCAAGUCUGACAACACCGUAUCCAAGAAAGGCUUCCGAGCUCAGUUCUUCUCAGACAAAGACGAAUGUUCGAAGGAUAAUGGGGGAUGCCAGCAUGAUUGUGACAACACUUUUGGCAGCUAUCAGUGCCAGUGCCGCAGUGGCUUUGUGCUACACGACAACAAGCAUGACUGUAAAGAAGCUGGCUGUGAUCACAAGAUGACAUCCAUCACUGGAACCAUCAUCAGCCCAAACUGGCCUGAUAAAUACCCAAGCAAGAAGGAAUGUACCUGGGCAAUAACAACUACACCAGGACACCGUAUCAAACUGACCUUCAGAGAGCUGGAUAUUGAACUCCACCAGGAAUGCACAUAUGAUCAUGUAGAGGUUUACAACGGCAGAGAUGCAAAAGCUUCUGUCCUGGGACGAUUUUGUGGCUCUAAAGAACCAGAUCCUAUCUUCUCUACAAGCAACAGGAUGUUCCUCAAAUUUUUUUCAGACAACUCUAUUCAAAAGAAAGGCUUUGAGGCGACCUACACAUCAGAAUGCGGGGGCCAGAUGCGAGCUGAGGUGAAAACCAAGGAUCUUUAUUCCCACGCGCAAUUUGGAGACAACAACUAUCCUGGGGGUUCAGACUGUGAAUGGGUGAUUGUGGCUGAAGAAGGCUAUGGGGUUGAACUCAUCUUCCAAACGUUUGAGAUUGAGGAAGAGGCCGACUGUGGCUAUGACUACAUGGAGCUAUUUGAUGGCUACGAUGGAACAGCUCCACGUCUUGGACGUUACUGUGGCUCUGGGCCUCCAGAAGAGGUCUACUCUGCGGGUGACUCUGUGAUGGUAAGAUUUCACUCAGAUGACACCAUCAACAAGAAGGGCUUCCAUCUACGGUAUACCAGCACCAAAUUCCAGGACACGCUGCACACACGAAAGUAAUCUCCCAGCUCCCCAAAACCCCUUCAAGUGAGAACGGUCUUCCCUUACUUGAGGGACAGGUUUCCACCAUUUGCAAAAAAGAAAGAAAGAAAGAAAGAAAAUGAAAAGAAAAGAAAUAUAUCCAUGGAGAAAAUUCACAUAAACUGGAAGGAGAAAAUACACAGUACACCUCAGAGUGUGAAUCACUCUCACAGAAAUAAAGGUGCUGUCAGCUGCUCGGGGCCUAUGUGGACUAGGCUCAGGGUUAUUGGGGGAACACUUUGAUUUUUUUUUAAAAAAAAAAGGACGUCCAUUCUUGUGUCUCUUUUCUUGUUUUGACCAGCGUAUCUCCAGGACUAACCACUUUGCAGCUUCCCUCUGACUUUUGUCUCCCCCGAUUCUGAUGCUUUAUGGCAGAGGUGUUCAAACAUGGCCAUUUUAAGACUUGUGGACUUCAACUCCCAGAAUUCCCCAGCCAGCACGGCUUCAUGGUUCACUAGGGAAUUCUGGGAAUUGAAGUCCACAAGUCUUCAAGUGGCUAAGGUUUGACACCCCUGGUGUAUGGUUUAAAAUAAAGCCAUUGUUUUACAAAUUCCACCAAGCAAGUUUUCCACCUUUACAAAUUUCACCAAGCAAGUUUACCGGCAGAAAUGUCGGUACAUACAAAUAGUGGAGAGGCUAGCAGGCUGGCGGAAGCUGUGUCUGUUGUAACGAUGUAAUAAAUACACUUUCUUGUACUUCUAAGCAGAUGCCCAUCAGCCUCUUUCAAUCUUUACCAUUUGUGAUUUCUUUAAAAAUUCUUUCAUCUCCAAGAAAAAGAAAAAAAAUAUGUAACUUGAAAAA